UUAAGGUGGUGUGGAAUUCGGAGGCAUCAGUUAGACAGUCCAAGGGUGUUGGUCCUGGGAGAAGAAAAACUCAAUCUUAUAUCUUAAUCUCAACUUAUCGUCAUCUUAAAUUGUCCAACAGUCAAAUUUAUCUCCACAACAAACUAAAUUGUGUGAAAAAGAGUUGUGUUAAAUGCCUAACGGCAAAUUUUGAAAAAUUACAUAGUGAAAAUUUCCCAGGAAAAAUGUCCCGUUUAACGAAGGAUAAUGGCUCGAGCACUUUACGGCGUUCGAAUAGCAACGAAAGUCUAGAUAAGAAGAAGCCUUUCUCGCGUCCGUUCAGUAAGUCUCGCCUUGGAGAUAAUCCAGCAGCAGGACGUUCAGUCAGGAUGGCCAGUCCGGCUCCAGUGGAAACGGCGGCUCUGCUGCGGCAGAAUCAGGAACUCAGGCAGCGUCUGCAGGAAGAAGCCAGUAACUAUCGCAGACGCAUUGAUACCUACAAGCAAGCUCAAGCCAAUCAGGCUAAUCUUGUGAGUCGGCUUCAGUCGAAAGUUCUGCAGUACAAGCAGAGAUGUUCGGAUCUCGAGGGACAAGUCCAUGAUGUCCCGGUGCCUUCGUACUCAGCUAGGAAUGUCUGUCCAAGUACUUCCGGAUCCACUCAUCAACCGAGCUCAAUGGCGGCUAUUCCACUUCCACCACCUGCAGGUCACUCAGCAUCUUCGGCUCCGCUGAGUCUGCCCUGUCCGGUUACUUGUGACCAACCAUCGCCCCCAAUUCACACGUACCAUCACGAAAAUGGGGAUGAUGUUGUACGUCGCCUUGAGGAUGAGCGUCAGAGAUGUGAGCAACUUUUAGCUCAAAACAAUUUAUUGCGACAGCAAUUGGAGGAGUCUCAUCGCACCAAUGAAAUGCUAACGACGGAUUUGCAGAAGUUAACAACCGAUUGGGAAGCUCUGAGGGAUGAUAUGCUGGCCAAGGAGAAUGAAUGGAAAGAGGAAGAACAAGCAUUUAAUGAUUACUACAACAACGAGCAUACGCGUUUGCUGAGAAUGUGGAGGGAAGUUGUUUCUGUGAAGCGCAAUUUCAAGGAUAUGCAGACGUCAAUGAAGACAGAUCUCAAUAAGAUGCGCUACGAGAUGAUGGGGAUCAAUAGGGAGGUUUCCAGUGCAUGCAGCGGAGUUACGGUGAAUCUUAAGCAAGCCAGUCGAUAUGAAGAAGCCAAUCAGAUGCAAAUUGAGCGGGAUAAUAUGGAUUUGAAGUCUCAGUUGGCAUCGCUCAAGGUUCAGUAUGAGACGAGUAAGAUUGAGAUUGAGCAGAGGGAUCAGAAGAUGCAGCAAAUGAUGCAUGAGCUGAAGACACUGGAAGAUAGGUGCAUGCAUGCUGAGAAUCAGGCUGCUCAGGCACAGAGGCUCAAUGAUGAAAUUGAACGUUUGCAGCAUGCUCUCAGGGAUAUUGCACAUGCCGUUGUCCAGGAUGCAGAUGCGUCAAAUGAUGCAGAAACAUCCACGACGCAUAUGCAUCUGUCCCAGGGAACUCCACUUCCGCCCAGAUCACCAAAACGCGGAGGCUGUAGGACAUCCCAGGCCUUUGCCGAAGGGACAAUUUCUGCUGUUCAGGCUGCUCUGCACAAGUAUCAACUGUCAAUUCACGAUCUUCAGGUCAAAUUGCAAUCGAACAAUGAUGCAUUGGCCAUGACGAAGAAACAGCUGGAUUCUGCAGAAAAUACCCGGGAUAUCCUAACGGCAAAACUCACAGAGAUGACUGAGAAGAUGGAUGCGACGAAUUAUCAGAUGUCUGAGCUCUGCAAGGAACGGGAUAGUCUCCAAAAGAGCCUCGAGGGAAUGCGAAUGGACAAGCAUACGAUGGAAAGGGGAAAAGCAGAACUCAAUUCAAUGGUGGAUUCCCUAAAUUGUGACUACGAGAAACUCCAAAAUCACAAUUGCAAAAUGCAAAAGCUCAUUGAUUCCCUGGACGAAGACAAGAAGAUUCUCGAAUUGGAGAUGCAGCGCACGAUGAAGGACAAAGAGAUCCUAGAGAUGAAUUUGAGGGCCGAGGAAGAGAGAACCAGUCGUCUUCGGGAGGAAACAAUUACCCUCCGGGAAGAGCUAAACAAAGUCUAUCUGUCGCGGGAUCUUCUGGAGCAGCAGAGAAUGGAGGCAGAGAGUCUUCUGGCGCUCUGUGAGAAGCAAAAGAGUGACUUGGAGUAUGAGCUGGAGAAGAUUUCUCUGGAGAAAGUUGAGUUGAAUGAUCGCCUGGAGAAGACUAGCAGUUCCGGUGACAAUCUUUCCCACGAAGUGAAGCAACUGAAGGGAUUAGUGGCUGAAUUGGAGGAGGAACGCAAUAAAUUCAAGACACAGUCUUCAGAACUGAGCAUUGAUGUGGCUUCCCUCAAGAAAGAACUGAUUUCUGCUGAACAGUGUCGCUUGGAUGUGGAAUCGGAAAAGCUGUCGAUCAGUGAGAAGUUGAAAUUCCUGGAGAUUGACAAAGACAAAGUGGAGCAGGAAUUGAUUCAGGUCACGAGGGAACGUGGGGAUGUUGCCAAUCAACUCACCGUGAUUACACGGAAGAAGGAGGGAUUGGGAGAGGAAUUGAUGAGACUCAGGCAACGCAUGGAGCAAUCCAAUGAAACAAAUAGUCGUCUCAAUCGCAAUCUGGAGGAUCUGGUGAAGGAGAAUGAGGAGAAGAUGGUGAUUAUUGAGGGCCAGGAGAAGGAUUUGCAGAGAAUGCAGGAGCAAUUGGCUUCUCUGAGGAGUGAGAAGGAAGCUCUGGAAGCUGUCCUCUUUGAUACCAACACAACUCUAGAAGCCACUGAAGUGAAGAAAGAACAGCUGGAGCAUGAGGUUCAGGAUUUGCUGAUCAAGCAAGAAUCCAUGAGGAAUCAAAUAGCCAGAUUGGCUAAAGACUUUGAGAAUUGCGAAAGACGUGCUCAGGAUAUGAAGAUUCAGCUGACAAAUGCAGCGGCAAAUCAGGAAGCGGAAUUUGUGCAGAAAAUUGCAAAUCUCAAGGCAAUGGCCGAGGAGAAUGCAAAGAAAUUGAAUGAGGAGAAGGAACAGAUUCGGGCUUCUCUAGAGAAGCGAAUGCAGCAUUCCUUGGCAGCCCUUCAGGCUUCGAAGGAUGCUGAAAUUGAUGCGCUAAAGGAGCGAUAUGAUCAGCUGCAGAUGCACGUGGAAGCUCUGUGUCAGCAGCAUGAAGAAGUGAUGAUUAGGGCUGAGAAUGACAAGCAGCAAGCUUUGAUGUUGGCUCAUAGGGACAAACAGGCAGUUAUUGAGCGCCUCGAUGCUGUCAGUCGAGAAUUGACGGCAGAAAAUGAGACUUCCGAGAGGCUGAGGAGGGAAGGAGCUGCCAGAGCUGAGAAAGAUCGGACGACAAUCAAUCAAUUGAGAGAGGAAAUAACACGGCUGAAGGCUAAAAUGGAAGAGAGCAGGCAAAAACACGAAGAGGAUCUGCACAAGUUAGAGUCCUAUUUGAGCUCCUUGCGUGAAGAACGCGAAGCUGCCCAGAAGGAAAAUGAAGAACUUCGUGUUCAGAUUCGCCUCUGUGAAGACAGAGGUGAUUCCCUGAAUAGUCAAUUGAUUGAGACGGUGCGCAAGCUGAAAGAAACUGAGAAUGCUGUGGAGGCUGCCAGGAAGGAAUUGACGGAUACAAGACGUGCUCUGGCCGAUAGCAACAUCGAAAAAGAUAAGUAUGCUAACACAAAUAGGGAUCUCAGGGAACAUGUAAAGCGCGUUGAGGGUCAGAGGCGAGAGACUUCUCGUUUGCAUGAUGAAGCUCUGGCUAAAAUAGCUGGACUUGAAGAGGCCAGAACGGCUAAUGAAGUCGAAAAGACAAGAUUGUCUACUCUGCUCAAGGAGACAGAUAACAAUGUGGCUAAGUUGAAUCAGGAGCUGCAGCAGGCAGAGGCCAAUCUGCAGAAGAUGUCCUCAAAUGCUUCGCAAAAAGAUGCAGUGGAGAAGGAAUUGCAUGCUAGGUUGACGAAUGAGAUGGAAGAGAAGGAGCGCAUUCAGGCUGAGAUGCAUCAGGCAAAGAAGCAACUGGCAGAUCUUGAUGCCAGUUUGCAUGCAACGCGUCAGGAAUUGGGCAGAUCGAGGUGCAAGUUGAAUCAGGAUGAGCAUCGUUGGCAUGGGCGAGAGCAGGAAUUGCUGCAGCGCCUGGAUGAAGGUCGGUGCAGGGAGAAGAGGCUGGAGGAUCAGAAGCACAAUUUGGAAGUUUGCCUGGCUGAUGCGACGCAGCAGAUUCAGGAGUUGAAGGCCAGACUGGGAGGAUGCGAGGGUAGGGUUCGGGCUCUCGAUGAGCAACUGAUUCAGACGGAAAGCGCCAAGCGAGAGACGGAGAAUAAACUCAGUUCAAUUGCUCAUACACUCAGACGCAUCGCUGGGAUUCAGUUGGAUGGAACUGUGAGUCUUCCCUAUCGCCUUCUCAGUCCCUCGAGACGCUACAGCCCAGCACGAGGUGGACAUGAUUACGAUUGUCGCAGUGUUGGUGGUGAUGGACCACUGAUAGAUGUCGAUCCGGAAAUGGUGAGGAAGGGUGUUAGGGCUCUGAUGCAGCAAGUGGCUCAAAUUGAACGGGAGAAGGAUGAUUUCAAGGCACAAUUGAGUACAGCUAAGAAGCAACUUCAGGAAGCAGCUGAAGCACAAUCAAAGGGAGAGAACAAACUGUCGAAGCUGCAGCAAAUCUUGAGGUCUGUCCAGGAGGAAAAAGCGAAUGUUGAAGCGAAGCUUAAUCAAAAAGGAUCAGCUCUGCAAGUGGUUGAGGAGAAUUUGCGCCAGAGAACUGAAGAAGCGAACAUGCUGAGGGACAAAGUCAACAGUCUGGAGGUGUCUCUGGGAAAUAGCGCCGAGGAAAGGGCUCAAUGCGAGGAACGGCUGGAGAAGUGUCGGCAGUCAGUUAGUCGGUUGGAGAGUGAGAAACGUCAUCUCCAGGAAGAAUUGUCUCGCUGUGAGAAUCGCGCAUCCAAAUUGGAUUUGCAGCGAGUGGCUCUCGAAGGGGACAUCCAGAGGCUUCAGAUGGCUCUGCAUGAGAAGGAUAACAAUUUGAGGAGUCUGCAGGAGCGCUUUGAGAAUCAAGGUCGUGCCUCAACGCAGCUAGAAGACAGAUGUAUUGCGCUGAAGACGACCGUUGAUCAACUCAAGGAGCGCCUGCAGGGUGCAGCGAUUACGGAAACGGAGCUGAGGGCAGAGAUAAAUUGUCUGCACAAGGCACAUUCCGAGCAGGGGCACAAUGUAAUGGCGGGACAUGAUAAGUUGAAGCAGAUUCAGAAGACGCUGAGUAAUAGUGAGAAUGAGAGGAGGAUUCUGGCGGAACGCCUGGAAGCAUCCCAGACGGUGGCUAAUGAUCUCAGGAGGACACAGCAGGCACAGCAGGACAGUUGUCAGCGUCUCCAGGAGCAAGUGGCUGAGUUGGAAGUGCAGAAGUCUGCGCUGGAGUCUCAGUUGAGAAUUGCAAAGUGGAAUCAGGAGAAUGCUGAUCAGAUGUCAGCUGCAGUCCCGAGCACCAAUGAGGGAGAUCUGAGGCAGCUGCAGAGGGACAGAUCUGAGCUUCGAGUGAAGGUAGAUGCGCUGAAUGAGAAGGUAAGGGCGUUGGAGAAUGAGAAGAGGAAUCUGGAGAGGAGUAGCAAAUUUUCCGGAAGAGUUGACUUUGAUCGAUCGGAAAAGAGUCUUCAGGGAAUUGAUUCAAAUAGAUUGGAGUCAGAGACUUCAAGGGGAGGAUUCAAUUGUGGCCUGGAUCACACGAUGAUUGAGCAGGAGAAUCGAGAUUUGAGGAUGAAGGUUCGUCGUUUGGAGACUCUGCUGGCGGAGAAGGAAUCAGAACUGGCUAGGGCCAAGGCCAAGAUGGCAGAUAUCCCGAAGUGUUUGUCCAAUGAUGCGGAAAAGUAUCGAUCUGCUCAGUUGCAGGCUGAGCGGCUUCUGGACGCUAGGGAGCAAUCGCAUCGGCAGCAAGUGCUAAGGCUUGAGAAUCAGAUUUCAAUGCUUCGAGAGCAAUUGGCCCAGGAGGCUAAAAGGAGGCAACAUUACAUCCUGAGGAGCACCAGAGCUGGCCGGGAGAUGCAACAAUUGCGCCAAACUCUUGGCGAUAGUCUCCGUCAUGUGGCUCAGGAGCCUCUAGAUCCCAUAACUCUCGAAAGCGAAACUAGAAGAUUGGACAGUGCUGUUUCUCUGAGUUUGCCACCAAACUCAGGCAGAGAAUAUGAGCACCAUUCUUCCUACAGUCCACGCUAUAAGUAAAGAAAAAAAAGCAAGAAAUUGCAAUUUCUUCUCUCUCUAGCUCUCAGCUCUAGCUCUAGCUCCCAGCUCUAGCUUAGAGAGGAAGAAAUCAAACCAUCUAGUCGGGUAACUUUUUAAUAAAACUUCACUGCCGACUCUACAAAGGAGGAUUUUAUUUAUUUCAAAAGAAAAAAAAAACAAAACGCUACAAACCAAAGGGAAAUCUAAGAAAAAAUGUGUUCAUGUGAUUUCUUUUUGACUCACGAUAUUUAACAAAGAAAUAAAAAAAAAACUAGUCACGAAUUGUUGGAGGUGGAUUUAAAGAAAAAUUAUUGAUAUUAGGGCACUGAUUGCACACCAAAAGGAAAGUUCAGUAUUAAAUGUUUGUCAAUGAACACACGGAUAACAAGAAAAAUUGUAGAGAAGAGAUUUUAUGCUUGAUACAAUAAAUAUUCUAAACACAAUG